CUCAGAAGAACAGCCAGAAAACUAUUGCCUCCAAACGUUGUGGAUUGUUCGAAAUCUCUUAUGCCAGAUGGGAGUCUUAACAACUCUGCUCAUGUUUGUGGCCUCGCUGGAUGCUCAAGGCUUUGCACUACCCCAACCAACCAUGACCAUAGACCCACCAAUGAAGAUAAUUCUGCCAGGAGAAGAUUUUUUAUUGAUGUGCCAUUUCCCUCUCACGCACUGCAAUGUUGACUUCUACCGGAAUUACACUCAUCGAAUCUCGUCUAUCUUUGACGCGAGGAACAUUGCAACCUUCAAGAAUCAGGAGGAUGGAAGAUCAAUAGGACACAAUACUUACACGUGUAAAUAUCAAAAAUUCUUCGACAACAACAAGACUUGGGAAUAUUCACCUCUCAGCGAGCCCACAGAGAUAGUCAUAACAGGUGUAAUUCCAAAACCCACGAUCUCUCUAGAACCAGCCUCCGGUGCGGUGACAGUAGGGGGAGAAGUUCAUAUUAACUGCACUAGCAGCUAUCCAAGCCACAUCGCCCGUCUGUACAAAAAUGAUAGCAGAAUUCCUAUACUAACCAAGAACGUAUCAGACUCUGAGCAGACAGUUAUUUUCACCAUUGAAGACCUUGAAACGCUGGAUAGUGGAGAGUACAGCUGUAGUUUUGCCAAAACUUUAAAAGGCACAGAAUAUACUUCAUCCCGAAGUGACAUUGUAAAGCUGAAUGUUACAUAUGAUAUUUCAAAGCCAACGAUACAUAUGGAGCCAGCCUUUGGUACCAUAAGUGUGGGUGGGCGAGUUCAAAUUAUCUGUAACUCCAGCUCGCCAAGCAUUGCCUCCCAUCUAUACAAGAAAUAUGUCAACAAACCUUUUGAUAUUCACAAUAACUCUGGAUCCGAAUGGUCAGUUACCUUCAACAUGCUAGACCUUGUACCAGCUGAAGGUGGGAAGUUCUGCUGCAGUUUUAUGAAAAUGGCAAAUGGAGAGGUAUAUGAAACGUUAUGUAGUAACUUUGUGAACAUCGUUGUAACUGCUGAGCUACCAAAGCCAACAAUAUCUGUGGAGCCAGCUUCUGGUGUCGUUACAGUCGGGGACAGCGUUCAGAUUAAUUGUAGCUGCAACUACCCCUGUCAGACCUCUCAUUUGAACAAGAAAUAUGGCAAGAUACCUGUUGCUACACGGCAAGUGUCAGAUUCUGAGGUAUCAGUCACCUACAAAAUGGGAGACCUUGAGCCAAAGGAGAGUGGGUCGUAUGCCUGCCAUUGCUUAGCUACUGUGAAAGGAGCAGUUUAUAAAUCAUCCCUCAGUGAUUUUAUGGAGAUCAAUAUAACUGAUAUUCUCCCGACGGCCAUGAUUUCCGUGCACCCACCGUCCGGGGUGGUCAAUAGAGGGAAUACAAUUCGUUUGACCUGCUCAGGAUCCAUUCUGAGCUCUGGUGGUUGGUAUUAUCUCUAUCAAGAUGGCAAGCUGCAUCAUUCCAAACAGGUAGCAGGCUUUCUUCAAUCCACUACUUCCCACAUCCUAACAAGAGCUGGAACUUGGAAAUACAAGUGUCAAUAUGCGAGAAAAGUAAAUGAAACGAAGUAUUAUUCACCAACCAGCAAACCGGUGCUGGUAACAGUGAGAGACCGGAACGGAGCAUCCAAUGUGUAUUUUAGUCCUUUGUAUCUGUUUGGCCUUGUCCUUCUUGGGAGUUUAAUCAUCCUGCUCACAGAAUAAACCCAUUCCAGCAAUGCAUCAUGAAGGCAGAAAGUGUACAUGAGCUCAUCUUUUGACAAAAUUAUGUUAAUAAUGAAACCGUUGCAAAGUUUACAUAUUUGCGUGAUUGAACUGUAUUCUCUCGUUUAUCAACGUAAAUAAAGUGAUUGCAUUUUCUCCUGCUGCAAAAGACAGAAUCACAACAUGAGCAUUGUUCAAAAGUGGACCACGCAAUCUGCACAAACGG